AUGGCUACACUAGCUUCUUCAACAUCAUAUCACUCGAAGAGAAUAUCAGCACCAGAAAAUGAAAGACCAAAUGCUGCGAAACUUAAUUUAAAGAAAAUUAAAUCACUUGCUGAGACUACGAUUUUAAAACCAAGACAAUCCUCAUCUCCAAAUAGGGAAAAUGAAAUAAGAUCAGUAAAUAAGGACCAUGUAAACAGAAUCAGUUUUAUUUUUUACAAAGUUCUUUUAGCGAUAUUCUUCUGCGUAUAUGCAUGUGUUAGAUAUUACCAAUACACAUGGAACAGAACUAAAAUUAAGCUUUUCAAUCUAGCUUACAAUCCAUCAAACACACCUCAAUUAAUUAGAAGAGAUGUUAUUAAAUUAAACAAAAUUCCAAAAAGAUUAGCCACAAUUAUAGAUUAUAGAUUAGAAGAGGAUGUUGGGGGUGGUAUAAAUGGGCUGGUCAAUAAUGCCACAGAUAUAAUUGCAUGGACUGUUUCUUCUGGUAUUAAGCAUUUAAUACUAUAUGAUUAUGAUGGUAGAUUAAAGAGUAAUGUUGCUUUGUUACGAGAUGAAACCUGGCAAAAAUUAUGUAAUUAUUUUGGACCUAAAAAUCCACCUAAAUUUGCAUUUAGGAUUCCACAUUCUAACAAAUUAUAUUUCAAUAGAACUGAUAAUAACGAUAAUAAUAAUAAGGACGAUUCACGUAAAGUUAGCAUUGAAGUAACAUUACUAUCUAAUGAAGAUGGUCGCGAAACAAUUGUUGAUUUAACAAAGACCAUGGCAGAUCUCUGUUCAAAUAAGCAUUUGAGUUUAGACGAUAUAACUAUGGAUUUGGUGGAUUCAGAAUUAAAAUUAUUAGUGGGACAUGAACCUGACUUGCUUAUUUAUUUUGGUCCUAGUUUAGAUUUGCAAGGCUAUCCACCAUGGCAUAUUAGACUAACAGAAUUGUACUGGGAACCAGAUAACGAUGAGGUCACUUAUUCUGUGUUUAUAAGAGGAUUAAAAAAAUAUUCUUCAUGCAAAAUUAAUGUGGGAAAAUAG